ACCGGACGUGACGUAGAGUGCUGCGCGGCCUCCUUCCGGUGCUUGCUGGUCGGCUAGCCGCUGCUGCUGUCUGUCAAAGCCACAUCUGCAGGAGACAGGCGCUGCCGGGACUUUGUUUUUUCGUUUUUAAUUUGUUUUAUCUGUCAGAGGGCACUAGCCGUCCGCCACCAUGCCCAUGUACCAGGUAAAGCCCAUCUGUGGGGGUGAGAUAAAGGUUGAUUUGCCAACGUGCAUGUACAAGUUACCAAAUAUCCACGCGGAGCAGGGGAACCGUUGUGCCUCCGAACACGCGCUCCAGAACGGCGAGGUGGACCCAGCAGUCAAAGCCCUGGAGGCGCGGCAGGAUGAGAUCAUGCGGAAGCUGUAUGAGCUGAAGGCGGCCGUGGAGGGCCUGGCCAAGACGGUAACCACCCCAGAUGCUGACCUGGACUUGACAGUCAGCAGCAGCCUCUCCUCCCACAGCCCCAGCUCCAGCUGCUCAGUCCUGCAAGGCACCGCAGACCUCAACGCGCUCCUGGGCCAGGACCUCGGUGCUCUCCGUGACAUCGUCAUAAAUGCCAACCCGGCUCAGCCUCCGCUGACUCUGCUGGUGCUGCACGGGCUGCUCUGCCAGCGCUACCGCGUGCUCUCCACCGUCCACAUCCACUCCUCAGUGUCCAGCGUGCCCCCGCAGCUCCUGUCCUGUCUCGGUCCCCGCCACGCAGACAGCUACAUCCGCCAGCGCUUCCAGCUGGGCUUCACCCUCAUAUGGAAAGACGUCCCCAAACUGCAGAUGAAGUUCAGCGUCCAGAACAUGUGUCCCAUCGAGGGCGAGGCCAACGUGGCGCGCUUCCUCUUCCGCCUGCUGGCUCCGUACCCCAGCGACCCAGCUCUCGCCACGCUGGUGGACAGCUGGGUGGACACGGCCUUCUUUCAGCUGGCUGAGGGCAGCGCCAAGGAGCGGGCGGCCGUGCUCCGCGCCCUCAACGCAGCCUUGGGCCGCGGCUCCUGGCUGGUGGGGUCUGAGCUCUCCCUGGCCGACAUCGCCUGCUACUGCUGUGUGCUACGGAGCGGACCGGCCUCCUCCACCCCAGCUAAUGUCCAGCGCUGGCUCAAGUCCUGUGACAAUCUGGGCCUAUUCGGCCCCACCAUGGCCCUGCUGCAGUGACCAGGGCUGUCCCGGGACCAGACACCUAUCUAGAAUGGUGUCCAACCCUAGUUCUGCUUUAGUGCUUAAAGAAAGAGGGAGAAGGGCAUUGAAAAUAUUGAAAUAUAGAGGCCAUGUCAGGAAUGCUAUCUAAUGCUUCCCUCCUUAUAUCACGAAACUGACAGAGACACCGUGGAAGCAAUAUGAUAGAGGGUGAAGUAACUUGGUAUUUGUUUCCAUCAUGCUGCUUUAAUAUAACACAAAUACUGUAGAUUGUUCUUCUAAGGAAGGAAGCAUGAGAGGAGCGUAAAGACAGGGCCUGGAUAAUAAGAUAAGUCAGUGGUGAUGACAAAUGCUGUUAAUCUUUCUCGCACACACUCACACACACACACAUACAGUACAUUUUCCACCCACCUUGUGCCUAAUACGACCCUGUUCUCGAUGCUGUGUGUUAAUGUGUGGUCAUGGGUAUUACUAAUCCUUUCCCAACUAAACAGUGGAAAUGUGGUGCAAGCAGGACCUGCUGUUGUGAAAUGUGUAGUACGACAAAGUAAUACUUUGUACCACUGUUUUUCUUAAAUCAUUAAAACUUCUACUUUGGGUCAAACUUUGAA